AUGUAUAUCUUUGUUUUGCAGGCAUCGUUGUCUCAGCGAAAAGAAUCAGCUGCUUUAUUAAGAGCAGGAAGUGAUGGUCCAACUUUAAAUUACCCAUUCGGCUACCCCUUAGCUCUCGUCCUCAGAUUACGAGUUUUACAGAUUGUAUGUGGUAUUUCAAAAAUAGUGAUGGGGAGUGUAGCAUUCAUUGAAGAGCGUCAGAAAUUAAAUAUGGGGCUGGGUAUCCCCGCUGGCACCUUGAGUGUUUUGGCAGCUGCUAUGUCAAUACACACGACCCGCGGCUGGGGUGCUGUCACAAGCGGAGCGAUUAGCAUUUCAGCGGCAGCAGUUUUAUGGACAAUGUCAAUAGUCAUGCUGCUGGCGUUAAUUGUACAGUGUGUUCGGACUUUAUUAGUUAUACCCGAUGAGAGCGACAGUGUCUAUGCACAAGAUGAAUUCCUGACCUCAUCACGUGAUUUGACCAUAAUCGCGUGCAUACAAAUCGCCCUGGCGUUCAUCACACUCUUGAGUGCCCUUGUUUGCGCGCGAAUCGACUUCAGUACCUGA